AUGAGCAAUACACCUCUCACUCCUGAAAAGCAGACUAUGCCCUUGAUCCCAAAAGAUCACAAUUUCGAAGGUGGUGAUUCACCUGCUUCAAACAUGGACACCUAUCCUGCCAAACGUAGAAAAAUCGAUCUUCAAGAUGAGGACGCGUUAUCUGACGACGACACUUCUAUGCACAAUGGACUUCCUAUUGAUUCAGAAUUUAAGCCUUCUAAAUGGCAAGGGACGAUUAACACGAUUGUCAAAGCAAUUGUUUCGAUUCGUUUUAGUCAAGUAGCUGCGUUCGAUACUGAAGGUCCAGAGACUUCAGAAGCAUCAGGAUUCAUUGUGGAUGCUAAAAAUGGUAUUAUUUUAACUAACCGUCAUGUUGCUUGUGCUGGUCCUUUUGUGGGUGAAGCCAUUUGUCAUGAUCAUGAAGAAGUUGAUGUGUUUCCCAUUUACCGUGAUCCAGUGCAUGAUUUCGGUUUUCUCAAAUUUGAUCCAAGUAAGAUCAAGUACAUGCCAUUGAUUGAAGUAGAACUUCGUCCUGAAUUAGCUAAAGUGGGGCUUGAUAUUCGUGUGGUUGGUAAUGAUGCAGGUGAAAAAUUGAGUAUUUUAGCAGGUUCUAUUUCACGUUUAGACCGUAAUACACCAGAAUAUGGAGAUUUGACAUAUAACGAUUUUAACACAUUUUACUUGCAAGCUGCUUCAAGUACAAGUGGUGGUAGUUCAGGUUCUCCUGUGAUUGAUAUUGAUGGCCAUGCUGUUGCUCUUCAAGCAGGUGGUCAUACUAAAGCAGCCACUGACUUCUUUUUACCUCUGGAUAGAGUGAAGCGUGCAUUAGGUUUUAUUCAAAGGGGCCUUCCAGUACCCCGUGGUGAUAUUCAGACACAAUUCACUUACCGUCCAUUUGAUGAAGCACGUCGAUUAGGUCUUCAGUCAGAAACAGAAGACACUCUAAGAAAACUCUAUCCAGAUGAGAUUGGUCUUUUAGUUGUUGAGACCGUCUUGCCUGAUGGUCCCGCUCAUAAGAAACUAGAAGAAGGAGAUAUCCUGUUGACAAUGAAUGGUCAAUAUGUCACCAAGUUUGUUCCAUUUGAGUCUAUGCUUGAUACCAAUGUAGGCAAUAUGAUUCAAGUAGGCAUUGAAAGAGGCGGACAACCCAUGGAACUCAGUAUUAGAGUGGGAGAUCUUCAUGCGAUUACACCUGAUCGCUAUGUUGAAAUAGGCGGUUCAAAACUAAAUGAAGUGUCUUAUCAACUAGCCCGUGCUUACUGUGUCCCUUGCCGAGGCGUCUAUGUAGCUGAACCUUCUGGAAUGUUUCGACUGGAUGGACCUGACAAUGGUUGGAUCAUCAAAUCAGUCGAUGAUAAAGAAACACCAGAUUUAAGCACAUUCAUUCAAGUCAUGAAGACUAUUCCUGAUCGUGCUCGUGUGCCUGUUGUUUAUUAUUCUAUUGCAGACACACACACUAUCUUGGUGGCCGUUGUCCAAGUCGAAAGACACUGGUCUAGUUUUCGAUUGGCAGUGAGGAAUGACAAGACAGGUUUAUGGGAUUUCACUGAUCUGGGUGAACCAUUACCACCUAAACUGAUGGAACCCUCUACUAAGCAUUUCAUUCAAUUAGAUGAUAGUUUAGGACCUGCUAAAGACCUGAUUCGUUGUUUAGUCAAGGUCAACUAUUAUAUGCCAUGUCGAUUGGAUGGAUUCCCUCGUAGUCGUAAACAAGGGGCUGGUGUGAUUGUAGAUAAAGAGCAUGGAUUUGUUGUUGUCAGUCGUAGUAUUGUGCCUACUUCCAUGGGUGACCUUACAUUGAAUGUAGCUGAUUCCCUUGUGAUUCCAGCCAAAGUCUUAUUUCUGCAUCCUACGCAUAACUUUGCUAUUGUACAAUAUGAUCCUAAAUUGUUAGGUGAUACAGAUGUGAUGAGUGCACCCUUGAGUGACAAGACACUUUCUCAAGGCCACCCAGUGACACUUGUUGCCCAUAAUCAUAACCAGCGACCUGUGUGCCUCAAGACAGUGGUGACUGAUGUUACUUGUAUCACCAUUCCACACAAUGGGACACCGCGUUUUAGAAGUAUGAAUAUGGAUGCCAUCACAUUGGAUACGCCAUUAGCCCUUCAAUGCUCUUCUGGUUUAUUGGCCAAUCCUGAGGGCCUUGUUCAAGGUCUUUGGAUGAACUUUUUAGGGGAACGUAACAUGAAUGGCCAUGAUAAUGAAUAUCAUCUUGGUAUCCAUAUCUCCACUGUACGACCUGUUCUAGAUAAACUCAGAAGAGAUCAACAGGUUGUUCUCCGUAGUCUAAAUGUAGAAUUAACGCCUGUUCAGAUGGCACAGGCUGCUGCCAUGGGGCUCUCUGAUCAAUGGAUUCAUAGAGUAGAACAAGCCAAUCCCGCUAAACACCAAUUGUUCAUGAUUCGACGUACAGAAGCAGGGUGUGAAAGUGCCAAGGUACUUCAAGAACUCGACUUGAUCUUGUCUGUCAAUGGUCAGGUGGUCACUCGUAUGUAUGAGAUGGACAUUCAGUAUGAAUCAAAUGAACUUGAGAUUACCUUAUUACGUGCCAAAAAAGAAAUGACUGUCAAGGUCAAGACCAGUCCUGUUUCUGGUGAUGGUACAAGUCGUGUUGUAUUCUGGGCUGGCGCAGCAUUGCAUGGUAAGGCAGGUUAUUGUAUAACCCAUAAGGCUGUACUUCAACAGAGCAAGACACUUCCCUCACGUAUCUAUAUUUCUGCUCGCUCUAAGGGUUCACCCGCUUAUAUGUAUGGACUUGUGCCUACCAUGUGGAUUACGCAUAUCAACGGUAAACAAGUCGUCACUUUGGAUGAUUUGAUUUGUGCUGUAAAGCAUAUUCAAGACAACACUUAUGUUCGUGUUCGUUGUGUCAGUUUUGACAAUGUACCUAUCAUGCUUUCUGUCAAAAUGGUCAAUCAUUAUUUCCCUCUUGUGGAUAUGGUCAAAGAUCCUAAAGCAGAAUGUGGUUGGUCCAAAAAAGAUGAAUAA